GAUUUAUUCUAUUAAAAUAGUCUUUUACAUCGUUGAACUCAACAACAGCAGAAGAAACGCACCAUGGUGAAAGGCGUUGUCGGAGAAGAAACCCGAUUCCAAUCGGUUGAAGAUCGUCUCACCAAAUCUUCCUCUCCAGCUGAGGUGGGUCUACUGAUAGGAAAAUUCAGCUCCGCAUUGGAUCGCGUCUUUCUCUUCGAUUUGAUUCCAACUCCUCCCAAUGAUUCCGCUGAACCCGCUUCUUCCAUCAUCCAACCCGAUAAGAAACUCGCUUCCAAAUCCAAAUCUCAAACCCAACCCGAUUCUUCUUCUUUGUUCAUCGACAAGGAUUGGGUUUCCGAACACGCUCGUCAGGUUUCUAGAAUGUUAGUCGGUGGCAUUAAGGUUGUUGGUGUCUAUGUUUGGGUCAAUGAUAAUGCCUUCAAGAAUUCAACCUUAAUGCUUUGCCAGACUGUGAAGGGAGUUGCUGAAGCAGCGCCAGUUUCAGAUGUUAACUGGGAUGAAAGACUGCUUCUUCAAAUUUGUUAUGGCCCGAGAAGGUGGAAUUGUAGAAACUGUUCGCUAUCUUCAAAUAUUACAUCUAGUAGUCUACGCCCUUGUGAUUUUAAAAUGGGGAAGGUCUUAAGUUCUUUUCAAACUUUUAGGUGUAUGCACAACUUUAAUCUUAGGUUACCCAUAUUGCGUGAUGGUUCAUCCAAGUUUCAGACAUUGAGUGACGUUCUUCAUCAUGCAAUAUCUCUUCAUGCCAAAGAGCUGGCUGAUGCAAAAGCCCUGAUCGACGGUAAAUUGGUUCUUGAUAACGAGCCAUGCUCAUUAGAUGGUGUGCAUGAAGUUGAAUUGCUUAUACCAUUCUUGAAUAAUGGUUCUAUUGAAGCAUACAGCCAAAGAGAUGUUUCUGGUAUUCUUUCCUUUGGUGGCGCGAUAUGUUCUUUUGCAUAUCUGAAUUCAAAAGAGCCAAUUUCACAAGCUGUCACUGAUAUAAAGGGAGAUAUCAUUACAAGCCUGCAAAGUAGACUGGAUAUAAUCUGUGAUGAGACAGAUGUUGAUUCAGGUAACCAUCAUGAUGUUGGAAAGCAAGUAAACGAGGACGAUGUAUCAGUUGAAAAGCCUGUUUCCCAACUUGUGCUGCAUUUAUUGAGAAAAGAAUGCAGCCUUCCUUUUCCUAGAAGAGUUUUCGCACCGUGGUUAGCAGGGACGUAUGCGUGUGAUUACUUGCAGCCUUCUGAGACUGUUGAGGUUUUAAAAGAUCACUGUAUGGAGUUGUUAUCCAUGAAAGCUCCAACUGAUAUCUCUACAAUUUUGGAGCCAGAAAAAGAAGUCAUAUCUUUCAGAACUAAAUCUUUUUGGGAUGUAGCAGUGCCCUCCUAUUCAGAAAUUCACCUCAGAGAAGACAAGAUGAAACUUGAUGGCAGAGGAGAGAGUUCUAGUGAUAAACUCAUGAAGCCAGGUUACAUUAGUGUUGUAGCUGCUGGUCUCAUCCUUCUACUAUCCGUCUUAGUUGGUUUUGUGUUAUUUGCCCGUAAGGGUUGAGGGGUUUAUCUCUCCUCCGUACAUUCUCUCAUUUCUCAAACAUGAAUACACGUUUUCAUAGUUUCCAAAAUGGCAGGCUUUGACAACUAUCGCACUUCGAAACUUUAGAGCGGCAGGUAUGGAAAAUAAUAUAUGAAGGAAUGAGGAAGACUAGACCCAAUCGAUUUUCGAUGUUAUUCGUAUGCAGUAACAAAUCAACAUACUUGUGAA